AUGUCGUACAUCCCCCGUAACCAUUAUCUCGUCGUCCACGACGCCAUUCGAAGGCUUCUCGGCCCCAAUGCACAGCUGGCGGCGUUUGUGAAGGCAAAGCACGCCUUCCAGUGCGACAUGCUGGUGAACGACGCUCGCACCGAUCCAAACGAGCUCAUACGGGCCGGGGCGCGUUGCAGUGGCGGCGGCAUAGGCGACGACGCCGCAGCCAGGGCUGGUGUGGCUGAGUUUGCGCGUGGACUGCAGGGAGUGCUGGGCAUUUGCGACGUUGUGACCCACACCCGUCGCGUCGAUGUUGUCUUUCGCGAUCGCAGCUUGAUCCAGCUGGCCCUCGGCGCUGCGAAGAGUGACCUUCCCUACGCACUGAACACCGGCUCGGACGUCAAUCAAGAGCCGGACUGGCGCCUGCGCAAUCGACUUCGCAUCUCCCUUGGGUACGACGAGGAGCUCUUCCUCGCGCAAUGUACCCGUAGCGUGAACGUGGCGGCGCGCAUCUUGGAGAAGUGUGCCUUCGACUCUCUUCGCCACUCCCCCAUGAUCAAUACGAACCCUGAGAUGGCGGCGAUGUACGAGGCGAGUGGUCAGCAGUGGCAGGCGGUGCUGCCUCCGGUGACUUACUGGCAGGUGCAUUGUUAUGCUCUGAUGAAGGCGUACCCGUGCCGCCAUUAUCAGCAGAUUGUCGCAACUGUCGAGCACAACUACGCUGCGUACUACGGCGAAUUCCCGAUGGCGAACCCGUACUGCGAUGGCGAGGACCUCAACACCAUUCAGGUGGUGAGGUGGUUGUGCGAGGCGUUCAACGCGGGGGUGGCGAUGUCGCGGGUGGCAUCGGCCAGAUCAUUGGUUGCUUCCGACGAGGGGCAGACCGUGUUUCCAGCGAUGGGGAACGGCGAUGCGGAGAAAGAUGCCGCGAUCAUGGGCAACACAACAGAUGGCAGGUCGAGCUGA